AUGGAUCCUACAGAAAAGAUCGCGGAAUUGGUGAGUGACUUUACUCGCACCGGCAUCGUAAAACAAUGCGAAUCACGUGGAUUGUCUACGACUGGCACCAAAGAGGAACUGGCCAAGAGCAUUGUUGAGCACGACGCCAAAGAGGAAGCUAACGAGACAGUUUUUGAGGACACUGAAAGCGAUGAUAAAAUCAAGAUGACGAUCAUGAAAGCGGAACAGUGCGUGGAAAUGAGAGACGAUAAGCGCGUAUACUCGUUUCGUGAUGUUGAAGAAGCAAUAGAUGCGUAUGGGGACGAUGUAAAGAAGGACGUGAAAUUAUGGAUUCGCGAGUUCGAGGACAUAGCGAAAAUGUGUGGAAUAACGUCUUAUACCACGUUGCGCGAUGCGCUGAUUCGAGAAUUUGGAAAGAUAGUGCGUGCAAGUGACGUGCACAGAGAGUUAGCGGCCAGACGAAAGAAGGAAAAGGAAACAAUGCUAGAAUAUACAUACGCAAUGCAGCGAAUCGCUCAGGUCGUGAAGUUGGACGAAGUGAGUUUGUGUGAGUAUAUUGCGGACGGAGCGACCGCAGACGCAAGGGAACGCGCGUCAUUAUACGAAGCAAAAGAUCUCGACACGUUGAAAAGCAAGCUGGAUUACAUGGAAAGAGCCAACAAAAAGGCAGACGAUAGGAAGAAACUAUCGAAUAAGUCUUAUAGAGCAACAGAGAAGCAUCAUUGUUUCAAUUGUGGUAGUAUCGAACACAAGCUGGCCGAGUGUCCAACCAAGGACAAAGGACCGAAAUGCUUCCAAUGUGGUAUUGUGGGGCAUCGGGCGUCUGAGUGUAAGGACAAAAGAAAUACGGAGAAGAGAGGUCUGAAAUGUUUCGUGUGCGACACGUUCGGACACUUAGCGAAAGAGUGUGUGAAGCGAAAUGUAAAGAACGAAAACUCGAACGUUAAUCUAGAAGGUGCGCAAAAAGAUAGCACUAUUGUUAUCGCUAUCGAGAAUAUAGAAUUCAAUGCUUUGUUCGACAGCGGUUGUCUUCCAAAUAUACUAUCGGUUCAGGCGUAUCUAAGAAUUGGGUCUCCAAAACUCUCGCCAACCACGAUGGUUCUUACCGGCUUCGGGGGAAAGACAACAAAAGCAUAUGGAACAGCGAUCGUCAACAUGACGAUCGAUGGUGUUGGGUGUGAGGGUCUAACGUUUCAUGUCGUCCCAGAUCAGACCAUGCCAUAUGAAGCAAUUUUGGGAAGAGCGUCGCUAGAACAUUUCGGUGCUAUAGUGACCGCAGAAGGCGUGAAGAUAGUACCAAAAGAAGAAAACAGUGUAAUGGCAAUUGGUUCCACGGAAGGUGAUAUCGAUGUACCACCUCGCUAUUACAAUACCGUGAAAAGUCUAAUCGAUGAAUAUGAACCAGUAAAGGAGGUAACCAGUGUAGUAGAAAUGAAGAUUAUUGUGGAGGAUGAUACUCCGAUCCGUACGACUCCUCGCCGGUUCGCUCCAAAAGAAAAAAAAGUAAUAGAAAACACUCUGUGUGAGUGGUUGAAGGGAAACAUCAUACAAAAAAGUGAUAGUGACUAUGCAAGUCCAGUCGUUCUGGCUCGCAAGAAAGAUGGUUCUAUGAGAGUUUGUGUGGACUACCGCGAAUUAAAUCGAAAAGUUAGAAAGGAUUGUUUCCCAAUGCGCAACAUGGAAGAUCAGAUCGACCAACUUCAAGCGGCGAAGGUGUUUACAACGCUGGAUCUGAAAAACUCGUUUUUUCACGUGCCGAUCGAACAGUCGAGUCGGAAGUAUACCGCGUUUGUAACACACACAGGUCAGUACGAGUUCCUGAGGGCACCGUUUGGUUUUUGUAAUAGUCCAGCUGUUUUCGGUAGGUUCAUAGCGAACGCGUUCCAGGAACUAAUCAAGGGUAAUAGAAUAAUGGUGUAUGUGGAUGAUGUGAUCAUCGCUAGUAGUGACGCAAAGGAAAACAUAGAAACGUUGAAGGAUUUGCUGAGUGUAGCAAAACGCAGCGGAAUUGCGAAGGAACUGUCGGCACGCGUUUCCCGAUGGGCGUUGAUACUGGAGGAAUACGAGUACACCAUAGUGCAUCGGCCAGGUACGGCAAUGAGACACGUCGAUGCAUUAAGCAGAGCGCCGGUGAUGGUAGUGACCAGUGACCCGCUCAUCGAGAUGAUGAUUACCGCUCAGCAGAGAGAUGACCGCAUUCGAGCUAUCCGUGAAUUGGUGAAGACGCAAUCGUAUGACGACUAUUAUUUACUGACAAGGUCGGUUCCCUUUUCAAAAUUCUGUUCAGGACCCGAUCUGGAGGCAGAUCUGGAAUUUGCCGAGAUAUUUUUGGAACAGAUCUGGGGCUACCCGUUGAUGUAUUGGUAA